UCGUUUUGUGCGCCAAUUAUAGACCAGGUGCGUCUUGAAGGCGCAGCAUGGACGAUAUAAAAGAGUGCCUAGUCUCGUGACGUAAUGUUGCUAGCGCCAUAUGUUCGAAUGCGGUGCUCAGCGUCAGCGCGCGCGCUUCGCUGGCGAAUGUUUGCUUAGAUUGCAAUCUGGUAUCUCAAUAAACGUAAGCGUUAUCUCUUAUCGUCGCGCGCAGUUGGGGCUCGGAGGUCGACGUUUCACGGGGCGUCUGGUAGCGACUAAAAUCGCACGGCCUGAGAUCGCGGCAUGAGUGAAGCGAAACCAACUGGUAAGCAAGGGGAGACCAAGCCAGAGAAAGGCGCCGAGGUCAAACAGGCGCCCGAUGUCAAGAACGUCGAAGCUGUAUUUCUUGGUGCCUGCGUGGUGGACUUGACCAGCUAUGCUGACCGCUUCCCAGUACCUGGUGAAACGCUGAUUGGGAACGACUUUGUCAUGGGUCACGGUGGCAAGGGAGCCAAUUCCUGUGUCAUGGCCGCUCGCAUGGGUCUGACGUGCGGCAUGAUCGCUAAAGUUGGCAGUGACAAGAUUGGAAAGGACUACUUACAGUACCUUCGCGAGAUUAAAAUUAAUACAGAUCACGUCAAGCCGGCAGAUGCGAGGGCCAACAAUGCCACGGCGAACAUCAUUGUGACAAAGAAAGGUGACAACUGCAUUGUCUAUGUGCCCGGAGCUGCUGCGCUGCUUUUGCCUCAAGACGUCCGCGACGCCGAGCUAAUGAUCAAGAACGCGAAGAUGCUGGUGGCAGUCUUUGAAUGCUCCAGGCAGACGCUGCUAGAAGCCCUGCGAACUGCGCGAAAGUACAAUGUGACAACGUUUGUAAAUGCUGCUCCGUACGAUCCUUCAAUGACAGACGAGGUUUACAAGCUCACCGACAUCCUCUGUGUUAAUGAGACCGAGGCUAGCAAGCUGACCGGCCUCAAGGUGACCAACAUGACAGAGUGUCAGGCUGCCGCAAAAGCUCUGCUGGCCAAGGGGUGCCACACAGUGAUAAUCACCGCCGGUGAUCAGGGAGCCUGCUUUUGCACCAGCUCCAAUCAGCUGCUCACGCAGGUGCCAGCAGAGAGGGUCGACGUGGAGGAUACAACGGGAGCCGGCGACGCGUUCAAUGGGGCCUUUGUGUACCACUACGUGCGACACCGCGAUGUUCCCUUGGCGGACACCAUAAAGAAGGCGUGCGACGUAGCCACCAUCACAGUUCAGUCGCCCGGCACCCAGCUGAGCUACCCGGAGCGUGCCGACAUUCCAGAGAGUCUUCUCUGAGACGCUAUAUCCGUCCUUCAGGAAGCCUGCAGGAUGACAUUUUGUGUGUAUGCGCCCAUAAACGAAUUCACUAAACGAGAAAUAAUGUACCAUG